AAGGUGACGCAGUACAAGAAGGGGAAGGACUCCCUGUACGCCCAGGGAAAAAGACGCUACGAUAGGAAGCAGAGCGGCUAUGGGGGCCAGACAAAGCCCAUCUUCCGUAAGAAGGCCAAGACCACAAAGAAGAUUGUGCUGAGGCUGGAGUGUGUGGAGCCCAACUGCAGGUCCAAGAGGAUGCUGGCAAUUAAGAGGUGCAAGCACUUUGAACUGGGAGGAGACAAGAAGAGAAAGGGCCAGGUGAUCCAGUUCUAA